UCAACACCAUCAACCGUGUUUUAACCGGUAUCGAAAGUCUCCUUCAUCGAUGAAGGGGGUGUGGCGACUUGCCGCGCCCUAUGGCGUCAACAUUCAUCGUCCCAGUGGAUGGCAGCUUUAGUCAUUCUCGUUCUUCUCAAUAAUGCGGGGGGAAACAACUAUAAAAAAACCUUGCCAGCAACGUCCAUGGACCCAUGUGAUGUUGCUGAGGCCGCCAAACUUAUACAGUGCCAUGUUGGCAAGGAUGAAAACUCUGCAUGUUCUGACUCUUGGAAGGCCAAAGAGGAUGGAGAGGGGAAGACAGCUUCCAAGGCAAAUCCGACACUGGGUUGAUGUGAUUGAUUACCGGACGGAUGGCAUACGCUCCAAGCGCAGCCCUGUCUGUGCAGCUGAGGCUUCACAGGACUGUUGCUUAGCUCGGAGGCUCAGCGGCCAAGAAGAUGUCCGCUCCCAGAUCUCUAUGCUGGAAGCAGCGAUUGCUUGCCGUGGUCACCUCUGUAUAUUUCUACCGAAAUUUCGUUGCGAAUUGAAUCCAAUCGAAAUGCGAAGAGACAGUAACUGCUGCGAGGAUUGCUUUCUGAAAUGAACAUCUAUUGCAAGAGACGAUUUCUGUGCUUCGAAGAACUCGUGUUGGCAGCAAAGAUAAUUGAUAUCUCGUAGCUUCCUGCAUACACGUCUCAUCUUUCACAGUUCACGUUUCAAAAGCAUUGCCGUCAAAAGGUGGAUAUCUACUAAAGUUCAUCUCUGAUCUUUCUCCGAGUAGUGAUCCUAUGUACUGGCAUGUAUCCUAGCAGCACGACGCUCCA